CUCAUCUUAUACAACCACUAGCCCUCUUCACGAUCUAACCCGAUCUGAUCUCCCGCGAUAUGCCUAAUCUGCAGACUAGGUGACUUCAUGUUAAUACAGCUUCCCCAGUCCUCACGCCGUAUGCCAUUAAGUAUGCAGGACUCGUUGAUAUCCGCAGGCAAUAUAGGAGCUUCGCCCCAUUUGAUAAGGGAGAACGGCUUGCUAGGCAGAAAGCCCAGUUAUGCCUGUUGUGUCACCGUCUGACUCUUACCUAUGGGGUGAUAUUGAAGUUCUGCCUCUUGCAUCAUAUCAUGGCCCCGGACCCCGCUGGCUGCCUACAUAACGAUAUCUAAGUAGCAACUCUAAUCGGUUCUAUUGGGUGGAUGCUCAGCCCUGCGAGGGACAUCUUGGCCGCGGGCUAUAAACCUCUAUACAAGCUCCAUGGCGAUUGGUCAAACACUGCAUAUCCAGGCAACUAGUCAGCACUACUGCAUCAGAGGCCGAUGUGGCGUGAAGCUACCUAGGUACCGCGAGCUAUUAAUCGAACGGGUGAAGCUAUGGAAGAUAUUCUCCCAAGAUGGAUGACACCAGUUCCAUUGCUAGCUUCGAGGAGGUUGGUCCCUCCAACAGGAGUUUUCAGGAGAUGCAACAUGAAGCAGAUAACGUAGAGAAGCUUAAGAACCUCGUCGCCAAAGCAGCUCUUAAUGACGGUGCAGCCAAGGAGCUUGGUGACGACGAGGUUCCGGACGUUUGCUAUGUACUGCAGUACAAGGGAUGGGGUGGUAAGCUGAUUGAUGUUCGUCGUAGCCAAGAGCCCAUCAACAUCGAACUGGAUGAUAUGGACGACGACCGAUCAUCUACAUCCAAGAAGCCAGUCCUAGAGAUCGUGACUAAAGUCUCAGCCAGCAUAGUUCAAAAGAGACAAGAUGACUACCUUCCACCUCCACGGUUCCCCAGGUGGAACCCUCCCGUGAACUAUAAUAGAUACGAUGACUACGGCCACCCAGACAAGAAAGACGAUGAUUCGGAGAUGAAGAUUACCAAGGUCGAGACGACGAAUAUGGUGAUCCACUCUCCUUAUUUAAUUAAUGCCCUCCGAGCCGUGGUAGGAUACUACCCCUCGACGUCUUUCCUUGGGGAUACCGCCAAGGUCAGCGCACCGUAUACCGUCCUAGUCCACCACCGUGCGGCUCUUGCUCGUUACAAGGUUAUCCAGCCGGAGACCCACGACCAGGAGUAUGUCUUCACAACCGCCAAGCACAUCGACAUUCUUCUCAAAUUCCUCGAGAAGACCCUCGGUGAGCAGAUCCGCGAAGAAGAAAAGCGACACAACAGCCCUAUCCCAUCGGCUACUUUCGACAAUCUACCCCUGAUCUUGAAGCCCGGCGAGAUUGUAUAUGCGAAACAGGACCACAGAUGGACUCCCUUCGUCAUCUCUAGUGUCGACGAGAGCUACAUCAAUAGCCAUGGCGCUGUUACUUCUCACGUAGUCAAUUGCUGGAACAUUUCAUACUCUACCGAGAGAUUCUGUCGGAUGAUGCAUGCCUUCCCCAUCGACCCCUUCACCGGAGAAGAAGCCAUUGCAGGUUUACCCGUCAUCCCAGCUCGUUUCUUCACAGGCGAAGACCACAACAUGAACCCCGAGGAAAUCCAAGCCAAGCACAUCGCCCUCGGAAGAAAAGUCUGGGAACUCUCCAAAGCUCCGAGUUACAUGUCCUACGACGGAAGUCUAGCCGAACGCAGUCCGGACGAUAACUGGGAAUACCCCGCAAGCGCCACAGGCUACAUGAGCGGCCGCGUAAUCGUCGACUGCGCGGGAUUCAACCGAUACUCCUACGACUGCCCCGGGUCCAACAGCCGACGCCCACGCUCCCCCUCCCCACCCAACACAAACAGCCGCAAUCGUCCGCCUCCGCGCAAAGACCAACUCCCCUACUUCGGUCCGCGCUGCGGGUGCAGCGCCUGCAACAAAUCCGGCACCAAAGAACUAAGUCCAUUCUCCUCCUUCGAGGACCUCGACCCAACCACCGACGCCGCGCCCAAAUACGACUUAUACUACCUCGCCUUAAGCAAAGUAGUCCCAGGUUUCAUCCUCGGCGAACGACGGUGGGGUCACUUUAACGUCGAGUAUUUGGAUGAAGUGCAGUUCGACAAGGAAGCGUUUAAAUACCUAGUCCUAGACGACGAAGUAAAAUUCACCGUUCGCGCACUCAUCGGUAAAUUCGCAAGCGCGAAUGGCCAGGUCAGUCCUUGGCCUAGCGAUUUCGUCAAGAACAAGGGACAAGGACGGAUCUUCCUACUUCACGGAAGCCCCGGUGUAGGGAAGACGUGCACGGCGGAAUGCGUGGCGGAGUUAACGCACCGUCCUCUACUCUCGCUUACCAGCGGUGACUUAAGCACGAACUCGUACAAUGUCGAGAAGAAUCUAGAGUACUUCUUGCAACUCGGCGAACGCUUCGGCGCUAUGGUGUUGUUGGAUGAGGCGGAUGUUUAUCUGGAGUCGCGGCGCAUGAUGGAUAUCGAGCGCAACGGCCUCGUAUCUAUAUUCCUACGCGCGCUGGAGUAUUACCGCGGUGUGUUGUUUUUAACGACGAACCGCGUUAAGACGUUUGACUCUGCGUUUACAUCGCGUAUCCACGUCGCGCUGCACUAUAAAGCGCUCACCGACGCCGACCGCGAGAAGAUUUGGCUGAGCAGUUUUGAGCGUCUCGAACGGGAUAGUGGUGGGAAGGUAUAUGUUAGCGUGGCGACGCGCGAGUACGCGUAUGAGAGCCGUGAUGUGCAGAGUCUGCGCUGGAAUGGGCGUGAGAUUAGAAAUGCGAUACAGACUGCUGUUGCUUUGGCCGAGUCUGAGGCUCUGGAGGAUGGGGUGGAGAUGGUUACUGUUACGGAUAAACAUCUUAAGGCUGUUGUUAAGAUGAGCCGUGGUUUUAAGAAUUUCUUGCGUAAACGUGGGGUAAAGACUGACGAUGACGUGGAGGCCGAGGACGAAGAUGAUGAUGACGAGGAAGAAGAUUCAGACGAAGACUAGUCGCAUAUUACUAUCCGGGUGAUAUCUCACCUAGUUUCUUUUGCGAUUUAACGCAUGUUAUCUCUCAUGAAUGAGAGACCGCCGAUCGGCGAUGUUGGUUUUAAGGGAUAGGGAAUUCAAUGGAGAAGAGGUUCGGUUUUACGGGGUCAUGAUGGGAAGGGAGAUCAUGUAGAAGUCUCAUAUAGUCAGUCUCUCGUGUAUUAUCACGACUAACGAUUCAUAUUGUUGUCACUGAACUGGGCCAUAUUAUUGAAGUGUCCGGAUAUCAUCAAUCCCUUUUUCUACCUACUCGCCCUAGAUGCUCUGUUCGUCUACUUAAACCUCAUAUGUACUCUACACUAGGUGAUCAACUUGCAUUUUUUAUGACCUAUGACGAGAUAUCAAGUAACUCAGAGUGAGUUCUUCAAGACUACUCGAGGCUUAAGGGGUAUUACCAGGUAUGAAUGAGGAUAUAUUGCAUUUUACGAUUGGAG